AGAACCUCCAACUGGCCGUGCAAGGAAAGAGGAGCCUACCCACAAUGCAGCAGCAACAGCAGCAGCAACAGGCGGCGAGUGGUAGUCCUUACAACAGACCUCAAGGAAUGCCAAUGGCACCUUUGGGUGGAGCCCAGUCCAGCCCGUGCCCCACUCCAGCCAUGCAAGGACACAAUCAAGGUGCAGGGCCCAAACCUUGGCUCGAUGGCCAAGGCGGUGACAAUCAAGCCGGCGCCCCCAAGCACCUCCCCCCUGUGAGCGGCGGUCGCCCGUCGCCCGCGCCUCCCCAGGCCGCCUCUUUGCCAGCCGGGCCCCUGCCGGGCGGCUCCGUGGCCCCUCAACCGGCGGGCCAGCAAGUGUCUCCCAUGCUGCAGAUGCAGCAGAAGCAGAACCGCAUCACACCCAUUCAGAAGCCACAGGGCCUGGACCCGGUGGGCAUCCUGCAGGAGAGGGAGUACAGGCUGCAGGCUCGGAUUGCGCAUCGUAUCCAAGAGCUGGAGAGUCUGCCGGGCUCCCUUCCGCCCGACCUGAGGAACAAGGCCACGGUGGAGCUCAAGGCACUGCGGCUUCUCAACUUCCAGCGGCAGCGAUAG